UACACAUUCACAGAGUGGCUUUUUUUUUUUUUUUUUUUUACUCCAGCUGUCUGUGGUGACAUUUACGUGGAUGCCUGCCUUCAAUAAACUUACAUGAAGGGACUUUUACAGAGGAAUUAACCCACCGACAGUAUAAAUGUUUUAUCCAAUGUAUCGGAUAUGGCCUCUGAUUCUCCUGGGAGCAUUCGUGGUGCCAGGGAUGCGACAUGUCACUGGAAUAGAGAUUUACACUCCAAGUGAGGUGGAAGCCGUCAACGGGACGAAUGUGAAGCUGAAGUGCACCUUCAGCUCCAGCCACCCGGUGUCGCCCCAGUCGGUCAUAGUGUCCUGGAACUUUCGCCCCAUUAAUUCAGGAACAGAUGAGUCGGUGUUUUACUACCAGGAGGUACCAUACCCUCCCCAGGAUGGGCGAUUUAAAGGGCAUGCCGUGUGGUCGGGAGAUAUUAUGAGAAAGGACGCCUCCAUCACCUUGCAUGAGGUACCCCCCACCUUUAAUGGUACCUUCAUCUGCCAGGUGCGCAACCGUCCAGAUGUGCACGGCAGUAACGGAGAGAUCGUCUUCAGAGUCGUCAACAAAGCUUCCCUCUCUGAGAUCAGCAUCCUGGCGCUCUCAGUUGGAGGCGCCUGCGGUGUGAUCCUCAUCCUCCUUGGUAUCUUUGUGGCGGUGAAGUUCUACAGGAAACGGCGCAUGAAUAACGACAUUGAGCUGCACGCACGGGAGCACGAGUGGAAGGACCCGACUGUGUGGUGAGGGCCAGAGAGCCGGAGCCCCUCUGCUCCUCUUCUUUCUGGGACUGGUGUGGAGUCUGAUUGGCUAUUUGGGUCCACUCUGCAGGAAAAGAGGAAAGUUGGGGGUGGGAAGGUGUCUUUCUCUUCCAUGUUUGCUCCUCCAAUGUGGACCUCUCAGAUAAUAUUGUAAUUUGUUUAGUUCAGUAUUAGUGACAUAAUGUGCCACCCAUUCAAUUUGUUGUAAAGCUAAAUCUUAACCUACUUUUAUAUUUGUUUACCAAAAGUUUUCCAGUGAUUGUAACUACUAACUUUAUUUUAUCAAAAUUUUUGAACUGUAGAUCAGGAGAUGUAAAUAUGGAUGGAUUUUUCUAAGUGCUGUGCUUUAAACUUGUUCAUUAACCUCAAUUCAUAGCAGCAGUUCAGACACCAUCAAUUAGGCUGUUUUUUUAUGUAUUGAUUUUAUCACAUAGCCAUGGAAUGACCAGAUAAUUGCUUUUUUGUCUUGUAUCCAAGUAAGUUUAUCCCUAAAGAGCACAAUAGCACUUCAGACAUGAGGCUGCUGUGGUGAAUUGAGUCAUAAGUCCAUGUAUCCUCUCGCUUGCUACAAAGGGGUUAAGCUGUCAGUGUAUAGUACAUAAGAACUGGUGAACUUUUUCUAGGCAAAAUCUUCCCCUUUCUCUGUGAGAAUUGCUGCUUCACACUAUUUUGCCACUUUCACUUGUGAAUACAGGUGAAGAAUUUAAAUCCAGAAAAUCCAGAGGCCUUAAACCCAGAGAACCAUGGUAGUUUUGGUGGAGAAGUGUUCAUGAACUGAUGUUUUGGUCAUCUCUGUCCACUGAGAGACGCAGUGCAUCAAUUCUCUGGUACUCUGGCUGGGUUUGUUUCAAGCUGAGGAUUUUGGGUAUUGUAUUUUUUAAAGUCUCCUUCUCCUCCUUCUCCUCCUCCUUUUUUUUAUUUGGCAAUUCAGGUUUGCUGAGGUAAACCAGUGCGGGCUUUUUAUUUAUUUGCUGUGCCUUCCAUUCAUCCAGUUAUCCACCAAUUUAUCCACCAAUAGCCCGUCUCACUGUUUACGUGUGUGUGUUUGUGAUUGAAUUUGCUUUGCGGGGGCUGGGUCAGUACACUUGAAGAGGCAGUUCAUCUGAAAGUUGUGGAGAAGAAGAAAGAAGCUGAAAGUUCAGAUGAUGAAGAGUCUGAGCCCAGCAGCGGAGAUGAUGAUGAGGAGGAGGACGGCCUUGAAGAUGAUGACGAUGACGAUGAUGACGACGAAGAUGAUGAUGAUGACGAUGACUAAAUUGACACUCAGUUGAUGAGAAACGCCUUUCCCAUGGUAACACCAGGCUUCGUGGUAUUCAUUAACAUGGUUUAAAUGUUCAGAUGGAAUUUUUUUACUUAUUCAGAUUUCAGUUAUGAUCACUGAGUUACAGUAAAUGUUAAAAAGAGCGCUCCAUCGAUUUAGCAUUGCGAUGGGCAGUUUUAAAAAAAACGAUCAAAUUCAGUGCAGCAGCUUGAUUCCGCGCUUUCUUCUUCGUUGUCAAAACCUGGUGCCUACAUUACCCACAAUUCAGUUCACUGACAGUUUGGUUGAAGAUUCCGGCCUGUAACCUCAAGCAGAAAUGAGCAGCAGGCUACAGAGGUCUGGUACGUUUACUUCUUUCUAACUCCACACUCCCAGAUUUGUUUUCAUUUUCAAACUUUUAGUCUUCAGACCCAUCCGACGCUGACUCAAGUGACGUCACGUGAGGAUUUUUUUUUUUUUUUCUCUGGAACAACAAGCAGCUUUAUACAACUUUUCCGCAUAUGCAGUCGUACUCUCCAGGACCCGUAAACCUGAAUGAGUUUGAUGUUUAAAAUCAGCACAGCUACGCUUUAAUUUCUGCCUAUUUUAUGAAUGUGGAUUGAUGGAUGUGAGUUUUGUUUGUUGUACGUGACCACUGUAGCUUUGCUUCUUUGUGCUAGUUUGACUGCAUUUCCAUAAAGCUGCUGCUGGAAAUGUAUUGCCUCGGAUCAAUGUGAAAAUUCAUGCAUUUUCAUGUUUAAUAAAUGGACUAUAGAUUUUUAAAAGUGCACAGCCAGUUUAAUUUAGCACAUUUCUAACGCACACACAGAAAGUGAUUUCUGUGUGUGCGUCUCUCUCUCCUGUUCAUUUCCUAAAAGCAGCAGCUGAGAGUAGACAAAUCUAAAGUUUCAGUAAGAACCAUAUUUUAACUGUGGUAUAAUUUACUGAGGGUUUUGAAUGUUUUCAGAGAAGAAAUGAGAGGAUGGGUGCUGUCAUUUAAUUUUUGGUUCCAGAAAGUCCAGAUUGAGAUGAAUGAGUGACAAACAAAGCAAAGUGUUUACUGCAUUGGCAACUCUGCACAGGUGAUUCUGUAUUUUGAUUGUGUACAUAGUGUAAAAUAA